ACUGAGAAUACCCAACUAAGAAACAGCGCCAAUUCGAGAAGGAAAAAACCUCGACAUUUUUGUAACUAAUAAACUAGAAGCUUGCAACAUUAUACAUAGUAAAGCUCCAGCCACAAAUUAACGAGCUUAGAUCGGCCAUUCUUAGGUCCACGACUCAUGAUCCAUAUAAGCCCCGCGACCCAAUCAAUAACCUAGUGGCGUCAACGACAUCUAAAGAUAUCUAUUACGUCAUGUUGAACGCCGAACCGAGACUUCGGUGCUUGAGAAGGCUACAAUAGUUGGAGGUGAGAGACUUUAGAUUUCACCUUGCCGUUACGAAACCGGGAUCCAUGUAUCCCUAGGUAGCCUAAGUACAUGUAGCGUAAUGUAAUGUACAACUAUGUAGAGCCUCGGAUUAUACAUACCAAGUUCCUAGUUACGCCAUCUAUUGAAAAUGUUGUUUUCGUCAUCGGUGCCGUAGCUUGACGUUAUAAGAAGACCUUUUCUCAACGCUCUCCUUCUUCUUUAAUCACAAAUCAUUAAGAACUUCACCAGCGAUAUCUACUUUCUACAGACGACGAUUCGAAUUAUACAUCAUUUUAUAACUACCUAGUUACAUCUAAUUAUCAAACCAUAAUAUCUGAUCACAAUCAUCAUGUCUCUUCACUAUCUUCCUCCUGUCAAGCCCUCGGCCAUCGCCCUCGGAACCGUCUUCAACCACGGUAUUGAACUAGCAGUUCUAUCCCCGCUAUUCGGCCAGACCUACCAGCGAGCCAAGGCUGCCAACACUAAGGAGGAGUUCAUCCGAUCAAAAGAAGCCGCGUCGACUGCUGCCGCUAUAGGAACCUCUCUAGUCGGCUCUGCCCUGCAAUCAUAUGGCAUUGGUGCCCUCAUCAACGCAACCGGCACUCUUAGCUACAAGGGCGCCGCCUACCUAGGUGCCCUCAUCUUCGCGGCUACAUCCGCCCCUACAUACCUUACACAGCUCAUCACCGAGAAGCGACCUGUUGACACUGUCGCGGUCGGUGCCACAUCAAAGAUCCUCGAGACCGUUGGCUUGUCUCUAUUCCUCACCUGGUGGGGAACCCGAACCAACCCUUUCGACUAAAUUAGGAAAGUUGGAAGGACCUGUGUUUAUUAGUUUCCCUGCGGGUUGAUAUAAUGCUAGGAAGCCGUAUGGAGUCUGCGUGCUAUCACUAGUUGUAGAAUGGAUAAAUCAAUAAAUGUUCACGAAUAAUCAUCUCGUAUCAC